AUGGAUCUUGUUGUGGUCCUGGUGCUCAGUCUCUCUUGUGUUCUUCUCCUCUCACUAUGGAGACAGAUAUCUGGGAGAGGGAGACUCCCGCCAGGACCCAUGCCUCUCCCAAUUCUUGGGAAUAUCCUACAGAUAGACACUAAAAACAUCAGCAAAUCCUUAACCAAUUUGUCAAAAGUCUAUGGCCCUGUGUUCACUUUGUAUUUGGGUACGAGGCCCACUGUAGUGUUGCAUGGCUAUGAAGCUGUGAAGGAAGCCCUGGUUGAUCAUGGGGAAGUAUUUUCUGGAAGAGGCAGUUUCCCUGUGAUUGAUAGAGCUUCUAAAGGACUUGGAAUUGUUUUAAGUAGUGGAAACAGAUGGAAAGUGAUGAGGCGAUUCUCAGUCAUGACUCUGAGGAAUUUGGGGAUGGGGAAAAGGAACAUUGAAGACCGAAUUCAAGAGGAAGCCCGCUGCCUUGUGGAGGAGUUGAGGAAAACCAAGU